UCACUGUAUGCAUGUUGACAAGCCUGGUCUAACAUCAUGGAGUAUAAAGUGAUCUUGUGUCUUUUGGCUACCGUAAUUGCAGCUUACGCCGACGAGAAAGAAGAGAAAGUCAAUGCUGCGUCAUUCCUGACGAAAUUUGGCUACCUGUCUCUGAGUCGCUCCGGAAAUCACGAUGCAAGAACGGCCAUCAAGCGCUACCAAAAAUUCAUGCAUCUCGAACAAACUGGAGAACUUGACGAAGACACCGUAAAAGAAAUGAAGAAGCCUCGUUGUGGUAACGCUGACGUGGACGAGGCGGGAGAUCGCAUUCGUCGUUACAAAACUGGAAGCAAAUGGCGACGUACCACCUUAACGUAUCGUUUUCUGAAUCACGGAGAGGAUUUACAUCGGGAUAAAGUGAGAAGUAUUAUAAAGGAAGCAUUCAAUCACUGGAGUAGAGUCACGCCGCUUAGGUUCAGCGAGACAUCAGGAAGAAGUGAUUUCACCAUUGGAUUUUACCGCCGUAGCCACAAUGACAAUUCACCAUUCGAUGGUCGUGGCGGGGUCCUCGCACAUGCGUACUUCCCAGAGAACGGUCGCAUCCAUUUCGACGAAGACGAGUUUUAUGUUCACGGAGGUCAAGGCCUUCAGUUACUGUCUGUGGCCAUACACGAAAUCGGUCAUGCUAUUGGUCUGCAUCAUUCCAACGUAAGAGGCGCAAUAAUGUGGCCAAGUUACACUGGAAGCUUGAAACUGCAUCAAGAUGACAUCAGCGGAAUACAAUCCUUAUAUGGUAGAGGAAGUGGUGGAAGUGGAGGAAGCGGUGGAAGUGGAGGCAGUUGCCAAGAUACGGAUACACGUUGUUCUGGAUGGAAAAGUUAUUGCAAUAGCAACCAGUAUGUGAAAGACAAGUGCAAAAAGACAUGCGGACGUUGUGGCGGUGGCGGUGGCAGUGGUUGCACUGAUAAGGAUAACCGAUGUCCUAGUUGGAGAAAUCUUUGCCGUUCCAACACGUAUGUGAAAAACAAUUGCAAACGAACCUGCAGUACCUGUUAAGAUUAAGAAGACAAAGAAAUCAAACUGAUAAGAGAAUAUUAGUUUACUCACGCAGUUUAGCACACGAAAGAAAUAUUACUUGAGUAAAUAUAA